AUGGACUACUACCUCAAGGCAGCAGCAUCCUUCCUGGAUCGAUCAAACAUCUCAUCAAACUACACCCCCAUCAACAACCCAGCAACAGCAACGGCAACGACACUAACUACCCAAACCGCAAACGAACCCACCAACUCAUUAGCUGCGAAUUGGUCCCCCCCCACUCGAAUAGGCUUGUGGACUGUGCAGCGGGCCACACAUAACAGUACCAACAAACUCGUUAGCAUCUGGACGGCAGAGAAAAGACUAGACUCAUCUCCAUCAUCCUCACUCUCAUCACUGCCCUCACUUGUCAAUGCCGCCAACAGCUGGGCCAACGAAAAUCUUAGCAAUAGCAGCAGCAGCGGAAACAACCCAAAUCAACCCAAGACCCCACUAGAAAAAGUAGUGGAGAUCUUGAAGAAAGAGGUCUCUUCCCUAUCUCGUUUACGCCAUCCAUGUAUCCUCGAGGUCGUCGAACCGUUAGAAGAAACCAGGACAAGUAUGGUCUUCGCAACCGAACCAAUCACUGGCUGUUUGAAAGAUGGCAUCGAACAAUCCGACCGUCGAUCCAGCCUCAAUCACCCAACUCGAAACCACCCUCAGAUAAACCUCGAAUUGGAUGAAGUCGAAACUCAAAGAGGCCUGCUACAGAUCGGCAAGGGUCUCCAGUUCUUGCAUGAAUCAGCCAAGUUAGUGCACUGCAACCUCACACCCAAUGCAAUCAUAAUCAACGCAAAAGGUGAUUGGAAGAUCUCAGGCUUUGGGCUAUCGACCUACCUCAAACAACCCGAUGGACAUGAUUCCAAAUGGCUCUUCCCUGAAUACGACCACCGCUUGCCAGAUUCGGUCCAGCGAAACUUUGACUAUCUGGCACCGGAAUACUGUCUUGAUGAGCAUCUUUCGACGAGUAAUGACAUGUACAGUCUAGGCUGUAUCCUACACUCCAUUCACACCCGUAGUGGCCCGCCAUUCCAAAAUCACCAUAGCCUCGAUCGGAUCAGAAAGAAUGUCGAGAACCUUGGAGUCUUGAGAACCGCUUGGAGCCGGGUACCCGAUGAUGUACAAGAAGUCCUCUCACAACUAAUCACUCGAACUCCAUCGACUCGAUUAGCCGCCUCAGGAUUCCUGAAUUCACGCUACUUCAGCAGUAACCUACUGGUCUCAACACUAGCCUUCCUAGAUCGCGAUACUUUCAACUCUAAACAAAAUGAAGAGCACGUUCAGUUCAUGAAAGGCCUCCUCAGAAUCUUGCCUCAAUUCUCUCAAAAAGUCGUCAAACAGAAAAUCUUACCCUCCUUGAUCGAAGAAUGUCGGAAACAUGUUCUACUGCCCUUCUUGUUGCCCAACAUCUUCUUUAUUGCACAACAGAUGGAGAGCGAAGAAUUCCGUACCGAAUUGCUACCGCAUCUUACCCGAUUAUUUUCGAUCAAAGAUCCCCCUCAGAGUAUCUUGAUCUUAUUGGACAACUUAUCGGUCUUCCAAUCUAAGGCGACCCCUCAAGUCUUUCGAGAAGAUGUGAUGCCCCUGAUUUAUGUCGCGUUAGAAUCCGAUAUGCCAUCCCUACAGGAAAAAGCCUUGAAAGUUAUCCCCGGGCUUUGUGAAACGCUCGAGUACACGCAUGUGAAACAAGUCCUGUUUCCUAAAGUCACAAUGGUAUUUUCCAAAACUACCUUACUUUCGGUCAAAGUAAACACGUUAAUAUGUUUUCAUUCGAUGGUCAAGAUCCUUGAUAAAUAUACACUGACCGAAAAACUAGUGCCGCUAUUGGCAAGGAUCAAGACCAAGGAGCCAGCGGUGAUGAUCGCCACCUUAGCAGUCCAUGAGGAGAUGGGAAAGAAGGUGGAAUUAAACGCGAUUGCCACCUUGAUCUUACCUCAACUCUGGGCGAUGUCAAUCGGCCCUUUGUUGAACAUCGACCAAUUCAAUCGCUUCAUGAAUUCAAUCGAACAAUUGUCCAAUCGAGUAAGACAGGAGCAUACACGACAUUUGGUUGAAGCCAGAAGAUUAGAAGAGACGACGGCUCGGAAUACUAGCCAACCCAGUCUUAGUAAUCACAAGCUUGGGUCUAAUUUGCCCAACGAGGCAGUCGACUUUGAGAAUCUAGUCAAGGGCUCCAAGACUUGGGCAUCAUCUUCGAGAACCAAUCCUUCUAUCCAACAAGACGCCGCACCCACAAGUCCAUCGGGGAACAGUGGCUGGGGCUUUGGCAAUGACGACCCAAUGGGAAGCUUUAAUAUGGGCGGGCGAUCGAGCAGUGGGAUACCGCUCAACCGCCACCAUUCAAACCCGGUACCGACCAUAGAAACGAGGAAAUCCCUGACGCCGGCCGGGCUCAAUGAGCUCAAUCCGAGUCGGUCAACCACCAACCUGAAGUCGUAUCCGAGCAUCUUCGACACCAACUCUUCUGGGGCGACGUCUGAUGGCUCAAGACGUGACUCCUCUACCACCGUCCAGCGGCCCCACUCGAUCUCAUCCGGUUUUCUUCCUAUUCCUACCCCAUCCUCUUCUUCCACUACGCAGCAAUCCUCCCCCUUCAUCGGCCUACCCGCGCUCGUCCCUCAGACAUCCUCCUACAUUGGUAACGUCCCCUAUGGAUCCUUCGCUUCCUCUACCCAAACCCAGCAACCCUCUUGGAACGUUAUCGCGCCUAUCAAACCCUCUCAAAAUCCUAAUUCCUCUCAUCAGAACUCUAAUAUCACCGCUUCGUUGGCCGACUUUGACCCUUUCGCUUAA